AUGGAGGACACAAAUCCCGGCGCCGGCAGCACGCUGGACGAUGUAUCGGGCGUCUUCUUGACGGAAGCGCGGAUUGCCAAUGGCAAGUUCCCGCUGCGCGAGAUCAACGACAUGGAACCCGUGGUGUCGGGCAUCUCACAGAUGUCCCAGUCCACACUGCUGCUCAAGAAGCGGAAAGAGAUGCGCGAAAUCGACGAUGCAUUGGACUUUAUGAAGGAGGAGUACGCCCAGCGCAUGGAAGCGUGUGAAGCCCGACAGCGUGAACUGGAACGCAAACAGGUUGAGAUGAAAGAGCAGGUCACUCGCUUCGAGAAGUUCAUCAAGGAAAACGACUCGAAGCGGACACGAGCUGAGCUUAAGUGCAAGAGCGAGCACCGGUUAGGAGAGAUCAACGAGGCUCGAAAGAGACAACUCGUCAUGCAGCUCGAGAAGGACGGGCGUGAACGCGAGGCUCUGGAGCGCAAACGGGACCAACUGCUGAAAUAUCGACUGUAUCUCGAGGCGGCAGUGGAAGCGUCCGACGGCGAGUACGAGGAGAUCGGCGAUAUUCUCAAUCGACAUGCAACACUCGUCGACACAAACAACGAUCUGAAGGCUCAAGUGCGCGCCGCCGAGGUCGAGACGGACCAACUGCGACAGCGUAUCCGGGCAUUGAAAGUCGAGAUGCAGAACCUCGUGUUGGUGCAGAAUAGCAGCAUCCACGGACAGCAGCAGCAGCUUGAGACGCUGCGCUCUGAAGCUUUACGUCUAGACCUAGACAGGCAGCGCAACGAUCGCGUAGCGAACGACCGGAGCCGCGAGUCCGGCCAGAUCGUGCUCACUGUUACCAAUCUGUACAGUCGGUUGAACCUCGGCGACAAGCUGCCGGUGCUGCGUGAGCAGGACAUGGACGUCGCACAGUACAUUCAAAGCCUGCUCAAGGUCAUCGCCUCGCGCAUCGUCGACCUGGACUACAUCGUCUCCAACUACAAAGACCAGGUACUUGUACGAUGGUAUGGUCGUGUUCGUAAGCUUGUUGCUCUCUGA